UCGGGUAUCAAGCAACAAUGUCUUCAGUUGAGGGUUUGAGAGAGUUUGUCAACGAGCGACUAUCUGCUGCUGCUGAAGAAAUAUUCGGAGUUUUUAAAAGAAGCAUCGUCGAGUACCAGGAAGAGAUCGACCGGCAGCGCGGACUGUUGGAUGUUUUAUUGAAACCCGAAGUGAGGUUACACCGGAUAGAGCUCCCGCAGUCACGUGUCUGUAAGGACGAGGAGGUUCUCUGUGACCAGCAGCUCUGUCUCCAGGAGAGGAACCCCAGUCUGGACCAAGAGGACCCAGAUCCUCCACAGAUUAAAGAGGAACAGGAGGAACUGUGCAGCAGUCAGGAGGGAGAGCAGCUUGAACCGAAGCAGGAGGCCGACACCUUUACGUUGACUCCCACUAGUGAGGAAACUGAUCACAGUGAUGAUGAGACUCCGUUUUUGAAUCCUGACAGAAGUCACAGUGAUUUAGAGAGAAAGCCUCCAGCUAGCACGUGUACCAGCUGGUUAGAUGAGGAAAUAGACUGUGAACGUUUUGUGGUACCAGAACCAAACGACAACAACAAGGAGCCACAACAGCAGAUUCUGGCUUCUCCAGGUGACAGGGCGUUUUUGUGCAAAAAAUGUGGAAACCAUUUCCAACAUGAAAACGACACUCAAGAAUCUGAUAGACAAGAUCAGAAAGGAGUAAAACAAAGUUUAACAUCAGACGAGCCACAACAGCAGAGUCUGGCUCCUCCAGGUGACAGGGCAUUUUUUGGCAAAACACAUAAUGAACAUUUUCAACAUAAAAAACUUCACUGGAUGGAUCAACAGUAUGUAUGCAACAUCUGUGGGAGAAGAUUCACUGAUAACUCAAAUUUGAAGGCUCAUAUAAAAAUCCAUUCUGGGGAGAAGCCAUAUUCCUGCAUCACUUGUGGGAAAACAUUCACUGAUAAAUCAAAUUUGAAGGCUCAUAUAAGAAUUCAUACUGGGGAGAAGCCAUAUUCAUGCAUCACCUGUGGGAAAACAUUCACUCGCAAAUCACAUUUGAGGUCUCAUACAAGAAUCCAUACCGGGGAGAAGCCAUAUCCCUGUAAAAUAUGUGAAAGAUGUUUCAGAAAUUCUAGUAACUUAAUUGGCCACAUAAGAAAUGUCCACAAGUGUGAAACGUUGUAGAUGCAACUCCUGAGAGGAAAUAUCUUGAGCAAGUUUUAAGAUUAUAAAGGUGUUGAAACUUUUUAUUAGAACGGAACGCAAAGGCUGCGUUUGAGAGAAAACUGUUUUCAGUAUUCUCUUCUUCCUCAGGCAUAACCAUCCAGCCAAAACCCGAUUGGAUGAGCUGUGGAAGGGUUUUCAUUUUCCGUUUCAGUUUUUUCUGUGCUGAUGGUGAGGGUUUCGGGACAGAGAAUGUUUUAUGUUUACAGACUGUAAAGCCCUUUGAUGCAAAUUUGUGAUUUUGAGCUAUAUAAAAUUGAAUUGAAUUGAUUGAGCAUUCACUCAUUUCCCAAUAAAACAAGAGCGCAAUAUCUUAUUGCUAAAAACUA